AUCACAAAAACACAAAACACAAACACCCAAUUAAUAAUAAUAAUAAUGGCAACUCAAAGCUCUUAUUUUCCUACAAUUAUCUUAUUUGUCUUUGCAUUAUUUUGCUUCAUUAGCAACUCUAAUGCUCGAAUAUUAUCCGAGAAAUUAACUUGGAAACGAUUACUAACCGUCGAUCAAUCAGGCAACAAAGGCAAGUUCAAAACAAUACAAGAUGCAAUUGAUGCGGUUCCUUCUAACAAUGUAGACGUUACACUUAUCCUAGUUAUGCCCGGUACGUACAAGGAAAAAGUUACCGUGCCCGAAGAUAAGCCCUUUAUUAUACUUAGCGGAAGAGAUGUUUCGAAUACUACUAUUACAUGGGAUGAUAGUGGUGAUAUAUACACCUCUCCUACUCUCUCCGUCUUUGCUUCUGAUUUUAUGGCUCGAUACCUUACCAUCGAGAAUACAUAUGGGCCGGGGGCAAAAGCAGUUGCCUUGAGGGUUUCAAGUGAAAGGGCAGAGUUCUAUGCAUGUAGAAUAACUUCGUAUCAAGAUACACUUUUGGAUGAGGGAGGGAGUCAUUUCUAUAGCAAUUGCUAUAUCGAAGGAGGGACUGAUUUUAUUUGUGGCAAUGCAGCUUCUUUAUUCCAAAAAUGUCAUAUACAUUCCAUUUCACAAGAAGAUGGGGCAAUAACAGCACAACGAAGGUCAAAACCUGAAGAAGACACGGGAUUUUAUUUUGUGGAUUGUCGAGUUACUGGCAUAAAAAGUUGCACAUUAGGAAGGCCAUGGGGACCUUAUUCUAGAGUUGUUUUCGUAAACAGUUACAUGUCCAAUGAGGUUAAUUCUCAAGGAUGGGAUGAUUGGGGAAAACCCUCCACACAUAGCUCGGUAUACUAUGGUGAAAGCAAAUGUUAUGGACCAGGAGCCAACAGAUCGAAAAGAGUUGAGUGGUCACAAAGCCUCACAAAUCAAGAAGCUGAUACAAUUUUGUCUAGGACCAUGAUUAGGGCUAAAUUGAAGAUCAAAGCAUAAUCAUUCAAAGACUAAUCAAAUUUAAGUUGUAGAAUUAUUGCUACUUGAUCAUUUAUUGUACAUAUGAUUCUUUAUUUGUUCUUUAUU